CAUACCUGGGGCCACCCAAACUCACUCAGGCUCAUCACCAGAUGAUGCUUACCUGACACACUUGUCUAAAUUGAUGGUUCAUGUGAAGGAAAUGCUAUAACCACACCCAGUCACAUCUAGCUAAGUGGAUGGGUCACUAUUGUCUAGACAUGUUCAUGAAAUACAAUAGAUGGCCGAAAUCACCCCCAGACAUCACCCCCGAGUCUUUUGUUUAGACAUGUAGCUAGCUAGUAGGUAGCUAGCUAGCUAAACAAUGAAACGGCAUAAUCCCAACUCAUAAGACUAACCAAUACAAACAUUGUCAUAGCUGUAGUAUAAAUUUGCAGCUAACAAACUAGGUUCAAUGUUAGCUGGCUAACUUUAGGCUAUAACUAGCAAUGCAAAUGGGUUUUCUGAUUCUAAUAAUAUUACUACACAGAUCAUACACGUAACUUUUGCUAGCGAGCCAGCAAGCUAAUGUUCCCUAACUAACAGAGAGAUUGAAGUUGCAAAAAAAACGAUUUUCUGACUAAAUAAAAAAACUUAUAUCAGAAAAUGUAGCUAGACUCUUACCCGUAUAAAAUGGAUGAAUUCUUCAUGGCAGGCUGGAACCAUUUAACUCCAUUUUGUUUGUAGCUACAUCUUGUUUGGCCAGCGUUGUGUCAAGUUACUCCGAUUCACAUUGACCGUGGCAUGUGCAGAAAGUAGCCCAUCACUUUUUCCAACUGAUCUGUCGAUAGUGCCUGCUAAAUUCAAGGCAUCAAUGUUGUUGAGAGAAGUAGCAAAACUUUUGUUGUUCUUGAUGGCUAACGUUAUAUCUUUCAAAAAACAGAGCGUUAGAAAGGACUGUCAACACAUACUGAAAAGCUCAUAUUACAAACUGAAGCAUUCUACAUGGCAGACCAAUCCAAACUCAUCUCCCAGCAUGUCCAGCCCUGCCAUUAUCUCAGCCAAUCAUGGAUAAUCUGUUUGAGUGGCACUUCUCUGUCCGUGGGCCCCCGGACUCAGAUUUUGAGGGUGGGGUUUACCACGGCAGGAUCGUGCUGCCCCCGGAGUAUCCCAUGAAGCCCCCCAGCAUCAUCCUACUCACACCCAAUGGAAGAUUCGAGGUGGGAAAGAAGAUCUGUCUGAGCAUCUCUGGCCAUCACCCGGAGACAUGGCAGCCAUCUUGGAGCAUCAGAACGGCACUAAUAGCUAUAAUCGGAUUCAUGCCAACCAAAGGGGAGGGUGCAAUCGGAUCCCUUGAUUAUAAUCCAGAGGAGAGGAGAGGCCUGGCCAAAAAAUCCCAGGACUUCUGCUGUGAGACCUGUGGCUGCUCCUUGCGCUCUGCUCUCCUAGGUCCCUCCCCCACUAACCCCAGUCCAGAUGACCAAGAGGACCAAGAGCUCGCCCAGCAGAUCAACUUCAAGGCAGAAGCCAGGCAGGCCAGUGAGAGCACAGGGGCAGAGAGCGAGCCCCCCACAGACCCCCGGGGAGAGACAUCCACCUCGGGGGGACAGGAGGAGGAAGAGACCCACGCUGAGCAGCAGGCCGAGGCGGCUCCAGCUGCCAGUGAGGACGAGCCCUGUCCCACAGCCCCAACCAGCCGUUCUCUCAGCCCCCGCCAGCGCCGGGCCCAGCAGCACCAGAGAGAGCCCCCCAGCAGGCCCACCUUCCCUGCCUUCCCCCACACCGCCGCCCCCCACCCCCCUCAGGACGCCAGCCACACAGGCUCUGUGGUGCUCAUCAUGGUGCUCGCCCUGCUCCUGGCUGCCCUCAUCUUCCGCAGGAUCUACCUGACCAACGAGUACAAGUUUGACUACGAGCUCUGAUGAAACUGACCUGAACUUCCCCAGACCACCAGACCAUGACACCCUAGCUGGCAACAAACUGACUUUAUCUCUUUACAUUGCCAGCCUAGAGCCCUGGAAAACCUUCUGUUCAUAGAGGGUUAGGCAUAGCCUUGGGGACUGUUUCUCCCACUAAGUAAAGAGGGCUUGCUUUACAAUGAGGGUAGCCUGCAUUCCUGUGUAGGAUGUGGUCCACCUCCAAGGUGUCUUUUAUUACUUUGAAUUGACUCUAAACUGUACCACAUUUUAAAGAUAGGUCCAAACCUUUAUAGAACACACACUUUGGGCUGUAUUCACAAAAUGUCUGAGUAGGAGUGCUGAUCUAGGAUCAGGUCUCCCAUGUCCAUAUAAUAUAAGUCAUUAUGAUCUAAAAUAAAAAUAGAUCCGCACUCCUGAGGUGCUUUAUGAAUACGGCCUGUAUCUCUACUUUUAAUUUUGUCCGGCAACUGUUUAUCAUGGACUGCUGCUUGCUCUCAUUUAAACAAGUUAAUGCUGUAUCAUAUGACUAGUAAACAAUGAAGAGUAUUACAUUGAUUUAUUUGUCUCAAAUAAUUAAUUGUGCACAGGGAAUCAAUAUGCAUAAUAAAUUGUAUACAGAUAAGAUUCUAAUUAUUUCUGCUCAAAUGUUACGCCAUUGACAUUUUCAUUGGUUAGCCAAUUCUCCGGUGGCUUCUACUUUAGCGGCAGCAGAUACAGUGCAGCCAACUAUACACAUACGUCUGUCAAUCUUAGCCUGAGUGUCAGUUUGUUUCUGCUCUCUUGACAAUUUCAUGCUGUUCAUACCUGGCGUUAUCACUGAUUGGGUCCAAAGAUAGUGAGACAGAGAUGAGGCAAUAAACCAUUGUCAACACAAGCGCUUCAGAAAGGGAGAUUAUACAAGAAAGAGGCUGUAUGACUUUAGGCCUACCUUUUUGAAGUCCUCACAAGAAAUGGAUUGGGACUAAUGCAAAGCAAUUUAAAUAUUGUGGUUCCAUUGUACUUCAAGGAAAAUAAAAUGUCCAGAGUAAGUCCUCUCUCUAACUUGUGUUCUCAUGAUAUUUGAGCCAUGUAUAACAGCUUUGUUCAUGUGAAUACUGAAUCCAUUGCAGACAACUUAAUGUCUUAAGAUUGCAUUCACACAUCUAUCCAUCGUUUGACUGUGUUUGAAUGCUACAUAUGAACAUUGUAUCAGAAAAUAAAUGCCUUGAAUAAAAAAAUAAAUGUUCCUGUGUCACAGUUAA